UCGAGUUAGCCCAGUUGAGUGCUGGCUACGUAGCCGAAAGGUAUGGCCAAAAUGUUUAGCCGCUUUCUAAUCUCGCUUGUGCUGCUGGCACCUGCUGUUCUGGCCUACUUCGAGGGCUGCGAUAACACCUACAACCUGAGUCCGGGAACCAUCUACGUGGAGUCGCCCUACUAUCCCAACAAUUAUCCUGGCGGAACGUCCUGUCGGUACAAGUUCAACGCGCCCGUGGACUAUUACAUUCAAGUCCAAUGCACCGUAGGACUACCAUCGAGUGGCGGUUCGUGCACCACCGAUAACUUUUGGAUGGACACAGAAGGCGAUCUUCUUAUGCGAGGUGCCGAAAAUUUCUGCGGCUCUGGAUCCUUCUCGCGGGAGUCCCUCUUCACGGAAUUGGUUUUCGCCUAUAUUUCCAAGGGAACUUCGGGGGGAAACUUCAAGUGUACCUUGACCACCACCAAACAGAACUGCAACUGCGGCUGGUCCGCCAGUUCACGGAUUGCCAACGGCCAGCAGGCGUCGGCUAACGAAUUUCCCAGCAUGGUGGCCCUCAAGGAUGUGACCAUGCCUCAGGCAUCCUUCUGCGGCGGAACCAUAGUGGCCCAUCGUUAUAUCUUGACUGCUGCCCAUUGUGUUUAUCUGGUGUCCCAAGCUACAAAUAUUGUGGCUAUUGUAGGAACAAAUGAUCUGCAAAAUCCUGCCAAUUCACGGUACUACCGACAAUAUAAUAUACAGCAGAUGAUUCUCCAUGAACGUUACGUGUAUGAACCAAAUAUCAAUAAUGAUAUUGCCGUUUUGAUAACCGCCACCAAUAUUCUAUGGUCCCGCGGUGUGGGUCCCAUCUGUCUGCCGCCUGUUGGAACGUCAUCUUUAUUUACCUAUGAAACCGUCGAUGUGAUCGGCUUUGGAACGCUCUUCUUUGCCGGACCCACUUCUUCCAGUCUGCAGAAGAUCAAUCUGAAUGUGGUCACCAAUCAGGACUGCCAGACCGAAUAUAACCAAGCCACCAUAUACACUGGCCAGAUGUGCACAUACGAUUAUUCGGGCACGGGACGCGAUUCCUGCCAGUUCGAUUCCGGUGGUCCAGUCAUCCUCCGAAAAUCCAAGCAGUUUUUGGUCGGAGUAAUCAGUUUUGGGAAGAGUUGUGCGGAAACUCAAUAUCCGAUGGGUGUAAACACCAGAAUAACAUCGUAUAUAAGUUGGAUACGCCAAAAGAUUGGAAAUUCUAACUGUGUGGUCAGCUUCUAAUGGAAAUAAAUUGUAUGGAUUAAAAACUUAA